CGCUUGAAUAAAAUUCUAUUUGAGACGUGAGAGUAGUUAAUUAUAACUUCAGGAUGAAAAGCGAACUUCGUUAUCUGUGUCUGCUGGUUCUCGUGUCCACGAGCAUCACGGUGAUCAUGGGGCCGAAGAAUGACGAUGACACUCUGGAUAACGGACAGUCCUACAGUUUCGGCGAAACUUUCGGCAUAUGUAUGUCGAAGAAACAACACGGCACAUUCGAAUGCGCGAAUCGUGGUAUUUUAAGCACUUUACAGUCGUUGAAUGACAAAGAUAGCUUGAAGGUCGGAAAGAUACGGCUAGACAGAGCGGAGGGGUACGGCAGGGACCUGUUGGAUUUGGACUACGAUCCCAAGGAUUUCACGAAUAUCGUAAAGGCGGCUACCAGAUUGAUGGAGCGUCGUAAUAUCAAGUGGAAUUUGGAUAAUCUAUAUCCCGGAUUGCAGAUGCGCGUAGGACCAAUGUUAAACGGAGACGGAGUGCUAGAAUUUGUUCUUAACGAAAGAGUCGCCUCGUUUGGCGAUAGACAGUCUGGUCCUGGAAGACAGCUGACCAAACACGUGUUAUUGCCAUUUCUCUUGGGUUUUAAAUUUAACCUGGCAUCACUGAUUCCACUUAUGUUCGGUUUUCUGCUUAUUGUGACCAAAAAGGCCUUAUUGCUCACAAAAGUGGCGCUAUUUCUCAGCGGUCUCCUGGGAUGGAAUUCGAUCUUUUCCGGUGCCUCAGCGCCUUACGCUCCGAACGGGUUCAAUGGCUUUCCCGCAUACGGACAAGAAAUGCCGCCGGGUAUAUACUCCCAUUACGAUCAUCACUUCCCGCAACGGCCUUACAAAAUGUUGCAGAAUUUCGUUCCUUAUGAUCAGCACGUUAUUCGAGAAGUCGUCAACGUUUACGAAGGAGACAGUGAUUCGGGACAAGACAGACAAAAUACAAAGAAAUUCGUUUGGGCUAAAGAGUCACAGAAGAUUACGAUGGAAAAGCGGCGUUCAACAAUUGGAAUUUUAUGUUUUCUUUGUCUCGCGAUAUUCUGCAAUGUGGUGAUCGCCAAAAGUGAAUACGUCAAGCUGUUCGAACGAUGCACGAACGAAAAGAACACCUUCGACUGCUUCAAGCGGCGUGCCUUAGAAAUACUCGACUCGGCGAUCCAGGAUGAUUCCGUGUACAAAAUUAACGAUUACAUUUCGAUAACCAAAGACUCAGACGCGGCGAAGAAAUAUAAUUCGAUGAUGUCGGAAAAUAGCACGGAUCUGAGUCUUGAUCAGAAAUUGGACAACAAGUUUUACGAGUACUUGUCGUCGAGAAGUGUGAAAUUAACGAUACCAGGAAAUGCCUUUGAAGGAAAUGCUUUUGAAGGAAGGAAGAAAAAGAAAGGUUAUGGGUAUCUAAUAGUAGCGGGUGCUGUAUUAGCAGGCAUGAUGGCUCAACUAGCUUACGGAAAAAUAGCAUUUCUCGCUGGUACGGCGUUGCUGACAGCGAAGAUGGCUUUAGUUUUAAGCGCGAUAGUCGGUCUAAAAAAGCUCGUAUCGAGCGGAGGUGGUGGACAUGAAGUAAUUUAUGCAACAGCGUCGGAACACCAUGGAGGUGGCGGCAGCAGCGGAUAUGGUGGUGGCGGAUAUGGCGGUUGGCAACGAGCAAUGGAAUCGAUCGUGAGUUUGGAAAGCUUAUCGAGAAUGUCGGCGUUUAAGAAUUUAAUCAAGUGGGUGCUGCUGUUGUUAGUCUGCAGUGCAACUGUCCGCGCCGAUGAGGACGGAUUUCUCGAUCGAGGAUACCGCGCUCUGUAUCGUAUCUAUGAGGAUUGCGAGCACCGCAAUAUGGCUGUGACGCCGUGUCUGAAGAAGAAGGCGAUCGCCUUCUUCGAGAGGCUCGGUCGCAUACAGACCUUGCCGAUCAGCGAAAAUCUCGAGCUGGUGCGAGUCGCGCCCUUGGACGACGGCACGAAAAACACAAUGUCCGAUCUGGAGAAGACUCUGGCCAGGACCAACGGCGGCGCCACGGACGAGAUCCUCAACGAAAUCUUGUUCGAACGCGUGGCCGCGCUAAUGAACAGCUUCAACGUACAAAUCAGCUUACCAAAGACAAGUUCCGGCGAGUUGAAGCGAAGUGUCGAGGAAGGUCGCGGCAAGAUGAAGAAGAUGAUGGGUAUGAUGAUGAUGGGGAUGGCGAUGAAACUCGCCGCUAUGGUCCCCAUCGCUAUGGGCGUGCUUUUCUUGCUGGCGGGCAAGGCUCUGAUUAUUAGCAAGAUUGCCUUGGUGCUGUCGCUCAUCAUCGGUCUGAAGAAGCUACUGAGCCAGAAGCAAAAUGAUCAUCAUGGCGGCGGCUGGCAAUCUAGCGGUGGCGGAUGGGACAGGAGCUUGAAGGGAGACACACUUGUUUCGUCAAUGACGGAAGCCGAUCGUGAAUAUGCGCAGACUCUGGCUUACAGCGCGCGGCAGAAGCACUGAGCAAUCAACGGUAAUGGAAAAAGGAAGCAACGGGAGCAUCUUCGAAUAUCGGGAGAGAGCAAGGCCUGUAUCUAAAGGAGCAAGCUUAGUACGCGAUUGCGAAGACAGUUCGAGACACAUCGAGAAACAGAUUUGAUUAUUUAUUCUUACUGACAAAUUAAUUUUUGUACUUUGGCAGUUUUGCAAUAAUGAAGAAAAAAAAGGUGUGUAAAAACAAAAUGUAUCAGUGACGUUGAGGAAGUAGAUAAGUCGUGAAAAAAAUAUGACUAAAGUUUUUGAAAUAAGGAUAAAAUAGAAAAGAAGUCUAUUAUAUGAACGAACUGUCUCGUCCCGUGUAAAUUUUUACAAGUCUGAUCGCUUCCUGCGCGUGAUUGUUGAUACAAAAAUAAUCAAAAUAAUUAAUAUGUCGAUCUUUUCUCUGUUUAACGGUGUUCGUUAUUAAUGACGUAGCUUGCUAUUUAAUUAACAGAACGGGUAUAUAAUUAUACGUGCAACAUAACGAAGAUAUUAUUCCCAUAAUAAAGAAAUGUGUACAGGACACAAAACUCGGGUGCAAAUCGUUGCAACCGUAAAACAAAAGAAGUUGCAACGACAGGUGUGUGUUUGUACUUCCAUCGCCCGGUUGCACCGGCAAAUAAACCAGCGAAUUGAUAGCGAGAGAGAGAUCAUUUUCGCGCACGCGAGUUUCUAACGGUUACGGUCUCACGUUUUUUCUAUUGACAAUCGGAACGCGAUCAGCCUCGAAGUCGAGCACGAAAAGACUUCAUUGUUAUAUUUAUCAGCCGAAUUUGCAGUCGUUUCUCAGCACACAUAAAGAGUAUAUUUAUAUUUAUAUAACAUGCUCACACUUAUUUAUUUUUAGAUUAAUAAAAUAACCUUAGUUAUAUGUAUGUAUACUUUGGAAUGUGUAGCUUCCGACAAGUACUUACACUUAAUAUCUGUAACUAUAUUAACGUUAACGUUACUAAAAAAAAAAAAAAAA